AUGCCCUCCUGGUCCGCCACCUCCCAUGGAACCCCCCGCCAAGCACUAACCCUCCACCCCGCCCGCCCCCUCCCCUCCCUGCCCCCCAACUCCCCCUACCUCCUCCUCCGCGUCACCCACGUCGCCCUCAACCCGGCAGACCUCGUCUGCCUGAGCCUCCUGCCGGCCUGGCUGCCCUUCCGCCGGGGGGCCGUGCCGGGGCUGGAUUUUGCCGGGGAGGUGGUUGCGCUGGGCGGGGGUGUGCCGACGGAGGCCGGGCUGGCAGAGGGGGAUCGUGUGGCCGGCGCGGUUGGACUGACGGGUGUUGCGGCGGGGUGCGGGACGCUGGAGGGCUUUGUGGUGCUGCAUUGGGGGUUGGUGGCGAAAGUGCCUGUGGGCUGGGGGGGUAAGGAGGCGGUUGGGGUUAUGGGCAUCGCGGGGCAGACGGCGUGUGCCAUGGCGCGGAGGGUGGUUGGAGGGGUGGGGGGUUUCCGAAAGGGUGACGGGAUGAAGGGGAGUAGGGUGUUGGUCAAUGGGGCGAGUGGCGGCGUUGGGACGGUGCUGGUGCAAAUUUGUAAGGGGAUUGGCGCGGAGGUGGUAGGUAUUUGUUCUGGGGCAAAUGAGGCGAUGGUCAAGGGGCUGGGGGUCGACGAGGUGAUCGAUUACCGGGCGCAUGACCCCCUCGAGGGGCACCUCGCCGAGAGGUUUGGGGAGCAGCAGUUCGACGCGGUGCUGGACUGCGUUGGCAACCAGGCUCUCUACACACACUCACCAAGAUAUCUGAAGCCGGAGGGCAAGUUCAUCAACAUUGUGGGCGGCUGGUCACAGGGCGUGGUGCCGUUUGUCACUAACAAACUGAGGCCCUGUUUCCUUGGCGGAACACCCCGGAGCUACGAACUUUUCCUUCUUAGUGCGACAGGCGAAGCUGCGAGGGAGGCUGCGGCGCUGGUUGACCAGGGAAUCAUCAAGGAGGCGCUCAUUGACUCGGUGUUUCCUAUGAAGCAGGCGAUCGAGGCAUACGAGAAACUCGCGACUGGAAGGGCUAAAGGGAAGGUCAUCGUCGAAGUCGAUAAUAGUUGAUUCCAACCAGCCACGGUGCUAUUCCCGCCACUCAGGCAGACAGAUGCCUCGCAUCCUAGCCCCCCAUCCCGUAUGCGAUAGCCUCUUCGCAUCAGGACUUUUUGAGCGAACUAUUCGCACAAGUUUGAUGGCUUGUAUCAGUUCCGUCUCAAGUCUGCUCAUCGAGUAGGCGUCAUGCUACCCAAUCAUCGGGUAACUCGAGGACAAAGGCGGAACUCGAACACACUGUCACUUCACAUUCACGAAGCAACAACAAAUACUUAGAUGGAACAGAUAGUUAGUAAUAGAGCGGACAGUAGUUGAUUGUUCG